AUGUCAAAUUCCGAUCAAAACGGACAUGGGGCUUCGGACGUACCGAAAGGAAAGGAAGAAAUGAACGAGCUAGAUGACAUUUUAGACGAGCUUGACUUACCUCCCAAAGUCGACAAAGAUGAGCAAAGAAAGCAAGGGGAUGCGCACGGUGACGACAAGAUGAAUGAACCAAAGAAAAGUGAAGGCAGCCUUGAUGUCUUGAUUGAAGACAUGAUGAACAAGUUUCAUGGAUCAGGGAAUCCGGAUGCAUCUGAAAAAGAAAAUUUGGCAUCGAUGGGUUUAAAUAACGACAAUGAUCUUUUCCAAUCUAUUUUCGGGAACGCCCGUGAAACUGGAGAUGCCUCCAAUACAGAAGAUAUCAAUUACGAUGCUUUGGAAAAUGCUCUCAAUUCUCUCAUGUCUCAAGUGACGAGCAAAGAAAUCCUUUACGAGCCACUCAAGGACUUGGAAGGAAAGUAUACGAGCUUUUUAAAAGAUGAAAAAAAUACAAAGGAUGUAACAUAUCAAAAGCAGUUUUCGAAGAUUCAGCGGUGUAUCGCCAUCUUUGAAAAUUCGGAUUACCAAGUACAGCGUGAUUCUCCCGAGGUUGCCAAGCUAGUUGAGGAAAUUCAAGAAGAUCCACUUCCACCCUCGCUUAUGGACUCUUCAUUUGCAGCGACUGGCUGUCCUUUGCAAUAG